AUGCCGGCGGCGCGCGUGGAGUACAUCGCGCCCUGGUGGGUCGUGUGGCUGCACAGCGUCCCGCGCUUCGGUCUGCGCCUGCAGCCGGUGGACAGCACCUUCAGCCCGCGCGAUGAGAGUUACCAGGAGUCGCUGCUGUUCCUGGGGCUGCUGGCCGCCAUCUGCCUGGGCCUGAACCUCGCCUUCCUGGCGGCCUACCUGGUGUGCGCCUGCUGCUGCCGGCCGGACCCCGUGGUGCAGACCAAGCAGCGCAGCUCCUGCUGCGUCACCUGGACAGCAGUGGUGGCCGGCCUCGUGUGCUGUGCUGCGGUGGGCGCUGGAUUCUAUGGGAACAGCGAGACCCACGACGGGGCGCACCAGCUCAUCUACUCCUUGGAAAACGCCAACCACACCUUCUCUGGGAUCGACGAACUGGUGUCCGAAAAUGCCCAGAAGCUACAGGUGGACCUGGAGCAGCACCUGGCCCGGCUCCACGAGCUCUUUGCUGCCCGGGGUGACUACAUCCAGACCCUGAAGUUCAUGCAGCAGAUGGCAGGCAGCAUCGUCGUCCAGCUCUCAGGACUGCCCGUGUGGAGGGAGGUCACCACACAGCUGACCGAGCUGUCGGACCAGACCAGCUACGUGGAGUACUACAGGUGGCUCUCCUACCUCCUGCUCUUCAUCCUGGACCUGGUCAUCUGCUUCAUCGCCUGCCUGGGACUGGCCAAGCGCUCCAAGUGUCUCCUGGCCUCGACGCUGUGCUGCGGGGUGCUGGCGCUGCUCCUCAGUUGGGCCUCCCUGGCCGCCGACUCGGCCGCCGCAGUGGGCACCAGUGACUUCUGUGUGGCUCCUGACACCUUCAUCCUGAACAACACGCAGGGCCACAUCAGCACAGAGGUGACGCGCUACUACCUGUACUGCGGUCAGAGUGUAAGCAGCCCCUUCCAGCAGGUGUUGACCACCUUCCAGCGCUCGCUGACCACCAUGCAGAUCCAGGUGGUGGGGCUGCUGCAGUUUGCCGUGCCCCUCUUCCCCACGGCGGAGAAAGAUCUCCUCGGGAUCCAGCUCCUGCUGAACAUGUCGGAGACCAGCCUUCACCAGCUGACCGCCAUGUUGGAUUGCCGAGGGUUGCACAAGGACUACCUGGACGCCCUCACCGGCAUCUGCUAUGAUGGCGUCGAGGGCUUGCUGUACCUCGGCCUCUUCUCCCUCCUGGGCACCCUGACCUUCUCCACCCUCAUCUGUGCGGGACCACGGGCCUGGAAGCACCUCUCCUCCAGGGACAGAGACUACAACGACAUCGAUGACGACGACCCCUUUAACCCCCAAGCACGGCGCAUCGCGGCCCACAACCCGCCCAGGGGCCAGCUGCAUAGCUUCUGCAGCUACAGCAGCGGCCUGGGCAGCCAGAGCAGCCUGCAGCCCCCCGCCCAGGCCGUCUCCAACGCGCCCGUCUCUGAGUACAUGAACCAGGCCAUGCUCUUUGGUGGGAACCCACGCUACGAGAACGUGCCGCUGAUCGGGAGAGGCUCCCCUCCGCCCACGUACUCUCCCAGCAUGAGGGCCACCUACAUGUCCGUGGCGGAUGAGCACCUGAGGCACUACGGGAAUGAGUUUCCAGCCUAACGGGUGGACGUGGACUUCCUCCGGCAGCAGCUGCCUCCCCCUCCCAGCUGGGUUUUAACGAGUGCAAAUACCAGCGAGUUCCUUCAAUGGAAACCAAAGGCACUGGAGGCUCGCAGCCUCCUGUGGCAGCAGAGGCGAGGCUGAGACUCCUGACCAAAGCCCUGGGUGGACAGAAGGCCCCCGACGGGGCCAGCCUCUCUCCUGCCUUGCUGUGCACCCCAGAGCACCCCAGGGCCUGGCCAUCAUUCCUGAGCCCCAAGCCUGGUUCAGCCCAUCCUGACGUCCCUCUGGCCAGGCUGGGGGAGCUGCGGUAAGAAGGGGGUCGCCUCUGUCUGCGCUGGCCCCUGGGCUGUGUUCUCUCCCCCCCCCCCCCCCCCCCCCAGACUCUGUCUCGUGUUAGCAAGGCCAGAAGCCCAGGCAGCUACACUCUUGUCCUUUGUUUUCGUUUCCCAGCAGGGGCUAGUGGGAGGGCCGGAUCAAGAGAUGUGCUUAGGGGCAGUGGUGUCCCUGAGACCAGAACACUGUCCCCGUUCCCAGGGCCACAGACUUCCUGAGCCCCGAGGCACUGUGUUAAGAGUGAGCCCCGAGGCACUGUGUUAAGAGUGGAGGGGGAGGCUGGUGCGACAGGGCCUGGCAGCCGUGGGUGCACACGGGAGAGAAAGCUGUCGUGUGCUGCCGUGUCUGGCCUCCGCUGCCCACCUCUGCCCAGGAGUGGAUGCUGCAGACAGGGACCGGGGUGCGCAGACACCUUGAAAGCAUCUUCACUCUUCUGUGCAGUGUUUUAAACGUGUUGAUGAUCCAAAGAAUCGCGACGCAGAGCACUUCCAGCUCCUAGGCUAGGUUCAGGGCGCGCUCCUUACAGAUUCUGUGCCAGACACGUGCAGGUUUCCCUGGCACUGGCCAGUGCUUUAAGAUCUGGAGGACAGGAGAGGGUGGGCUUUUCAAUAAAAGAAAGGUCAGUGAGACUUCCUGUCCUGAGCUGCUGUCGGAAGGCAUCUGGAGAGGGGAGAGCCAACAGGAAAAGCAGUGGGUCCCCUGUUCUGGGGAACACCUGGCUCCCAAGACAGCUGUCACUUCCCUUGGCUCCUGGAGCAGGUUUGUCCUCAGGCAAAGUGCCACUAUCCUGGCUUCAUGUGACCACAGGCUGUUCCCACCGCCCUGACCCCACCCCAGUGUCUGGGACCCCUGACCUGCCGGUUGUGAAGGAAGGAAAUGGCGUUGGCCAGGAGGGAAGGAUGACCCCCAUCCUGCCGGCCCAGGGUCCAAGGUGGGGUCUUUGGUGCUCCCACCCUCCUGCCAGCCCAGCGUGCCCAGCACUGGGCCCCCAGGGCCUCCACACCAAAGCAGGACCACAGCUAACAGCUCAGGACGAGGGCUCUGCUGCCAUUUGGGAAGAGCCACUUUGGCAUCACAAACCGACAGCCCAGCGCUCCUCCGAGGCCACUGUGACUCACUGUGUUAACCUGUGCAUAACCUCAAACGCCAUCGGAUGCCCGCAUCGUGUGCACCGACCUCGAGGUGUUGCUUCUAACUCGUUCUUGGUAAUCUGAGGGUUGUUUUUAAUGCAUGUAAACUAAACUAAAAUUCCUGGGGGUUGCCGUAGGAGCCAGGUGGGCAGACCCUCACCUGACACAUGCACCCUCACCUGGAGAGGAA